GCUGGUCCCGCCCGUUAUACCCGCCUCCGGCCGGUUCCCCGCGCGUUCCACCCUUCCCGGCCCCACUUUGCUCGGUUCGUGGUCUGGACGCUCUGAUCAGGGGCUGGAACUGAGACCCCCCGCUUCGCUGGGACCGCCCCCCCGCCUUCGUUCAGCUCUCGCUCGGGACCAUGACCUCUGAGGUGGCGCGGCACCUGCUCUUUCAGUCUCACAUGCCAACAAAAACAACCUGUCUGUCCUCACAAGUAUCUGAAGAUGAACAGAAACAAAAAAAAGAAAAUAUUCGUUCUUUAACUAUGUCUGGCCAUGUUGGUUUUGAGAGUUUGCCUGAUCAGCUGGUCAAUAGAUCCAUUCAGCAAGGCUUCUGUUUUAAUAUUCUCUGUGUGGGGGAGACUGGAAUUGGAAAAUCAACGCUGAUUGACACAUUGUUUAAUACUAAUUUUGAAGACCAUGAAUCCUCACAUUUUUACCCACAUGUUAAACUUAAAGCUCAGACAUAUGAACUCCACGAAAGUAAUGUUCGAUUGAAAUUGACCAUUGUGAAUACAGUAGGAUUUGGUGACCAAAUAAACAAAGAAGAGAGCUACCAACCAAUAGUUGACUACAUAGAUGCUCAGUUUGAGGCCUAUCUCCAAGAGGAGUUGAAGAUCAAGCGCUCUCUCUUUAGCUACCACGAUUCUCGCAUCCACGUGUGUCUCUACUUCAUCUCCCCGACAGGUCACUCUCUGAAGACACUAGAUCUCUUAACAAUGAAGAGCCUUGACAGCAAGGUGAACAUUAUACCAGUGAUUGCCAAAGCAGAUGCAAUUUCUAAAGCUGAAUUACAGAAGUUUAAGAUCAAGCUCAUGAGUGAAUUGGUUAGCAACGGUGUCCAGAUAUAUCAGUUUCCAACAGACGAUGAAACUAUUGCUAAAAUCAAUGCUUCAAUGAAUGGACAUUUGCCAUUUGCUGUUGUAGGAAGUAUGGAUGAGGUAAAAGUUGGAAAUAAGAUGGUCAAAGCUCGCCAGUACCCGUGGGGUGUUGUACAAGUGGAAAAUGAAAACCACUGUGAUUUUGUAAAGCUCCGGGAAAUGCUCAUUUGUACAAACAUGGAAGAUCUGCGAGAACAGACCCACACUAGGCAUUAUGAACUUUACAGGCGUUGCAAACUGGAGGAAAUGGGCUUUACAGAUGUGGGCCCAGAGAAUAAGCCCCUCAGUCUUCAAGAAACCUAUGAAGCUAAAAGACACGAAUUUUAUGGAGAACGUCAGAGGAAGGAAGAAGAAAUGAAGCAGAUGUUUGUGCAGCGAGUAAAGGAGAAAGAAGCCAUACUGAAAGAAGCUGAAAGAGAGCUACAGGCCAAAUUUGAGCACCUUAAAAGAGUUCAUCAAGAAGAGAGAAUGAAGCUUGAAGAGAAAAGAAGAUUCUUGGAAGAAGAAAUAAUAGCUUUCUCAAAAAAGAAAGCUACGUCGGAGAUAUACCAGAACCAGUCCUACCUGGCAUCAGGCAGCAACCUGAAGAAGGACAAGGACCGUAAGAAGGAACCAGGCUAUCGAUUCGAACUCCUGUGCUUUGAUGUCAGAGCUUGUGAAACCAAUGGUGGACGUAAAGAUGCAGAGGAAGCUCCAAUUUUAUGUAAAACAAAGGUUCCAGAUCACAGAAGGUCAUCACAAGCAAAAGUUAUUAAAAUGUUAGAAGUAUGCUUUGAUUUUCUUGCUGUUUUUAUUUGCUGUAUCAGUUAUUCUAUAUCUGGCAAAUGGCUAUAGUUAUUGCCAUUUAUGGAAGACAUUCUUAAGUAUAAGGUUAAUGCAUAAACCACAGUGUAUGGUAUCACUUUUAUAUUCGCUGUUAGAAGUUUUCAAGUUGCUGGUUUGUGAGGAAUCUAAAUCAUUUCUCCUGUUACCCAUUUAUUGUCACUUACAUGCAUUGUACCACAAAGCGUCAGUGCCCCUGAAAACACAGAAGUCAUUCAUUGUAUGGUUAUCUGAUUGCAUUUAUAUUUCCAAGAUGAACUCCUGUUUUUGUACAUAAUAAAGGUAAAUUUUGGGAAAUGUGUUUUAAAACAUAUUACCCACCUGAAGCUCUAACCUCUUGAUAGUUUUAUAGAACUUCUUAAUUUUUGAUAUCAUUAUCCAGUUGGUAACAUUAUCCUAAGAUUUGUAUCAGAUUAUGUAACAUGGCCUUCCAUGCUUCAGUGUGCCUUACUAUCAUUGAUGUUUUGUGAUAAAACAAGUUGUGUUUUAAGGUAAAAACAUGUAGGUAUAAAUCCCUUUUCUAGUGAUGAGUACCUUUGAACCUGAGGUAUUGCCACUCUAUUUCAUUAGAAUGUUUUACAUACUUAUUGUUUAAAACUCUGUCUUCCAGGGGAAAAAUCAUAAGGUAGAAUCAUCUUAUUACAAAUAUUUUUUAAGACCAUAAUUUUGAGCAACUGAAUAUUAAAGAUAUGAAAACUUAGGUAAUUCAUAUAUAAGGGGAUAUUUGGAUUCAGUGCCUUUGUAGUAUUCUUAGGACAAUUUAAUGUCUUUUAACUUUUUCUUAACAGUCACUGGUAUAUAAUUUUUCAUUUUUUUACUUGAAUAUCCUAAAUAAAAUUGACAUUUACUCUUGAUAAAUAAAAUAUGUAUCUACAUAUUUACUAAAAUGUGGUUAAAUUACUUUAUCUUUUCUUUUUGCAAACUGUCAUCUUAAACAUUAUCAAAAUUCUUUCAUUUAAUCAUGUUCUUGAAUUAUUUUAAGACAGAGGUAUAUAUUACCAGUAUUGUUCAGAAAUCAAAAUGUUUUACUUAGCCAGUGUUGGAUUCUGAGCAGUGUAUUUUUUCAUGAAGUUGUAAAAGUUGCAAAUAAAACCUUUCAUUUCAUUUCAUUCACAAUUUAUCUGGACAAACACCUUAAAUUCCAGUUUUACAUUCACAAAUGUAAAUUCCACAAAUGUCUCUUAGCCUUUUAAAACUUGAGUAAAGUAAGUUAUAAGUGUCACAGAAAAAGCUCUGAACUUUCUUCUCUUGAUCAGUAAUCCCCAAGUUCUGGAAUGUGGGAGCACAAGAGCCCAUGAGUCCAUGAGGGCAGGUAGCCUAUCAUACAGAGCCCAACCACUGCCACAGCGCUGAGUGUUAGCAGAGGAGAGUAUCAUCCCAGAAACUGAAUUAUGUGAUGUGAGUAGUGAUUAUCUGUAGAUUUAUUAUAUCAAACUGUAUUAAAGGGCUAUCCUCAGCUUUAAUAAAGUUACUUUUAAAUGCCA